CACGCCCCUCCGCCCGCGGCCCCCUCCCGCCGGGUCAGCCCCGAAGAGUUGCCCGGUGGCCGCGGCAGACGGAAGCCGAGCAGAGAGGUUCGGUGGCGGCAGCAGAAUGGGAGACUCCAAAGUGAAAGUGGCGGUGCGGGUCCGGCCCAUGAACCGACGAGAAAUUGACUUGCAUACCAAAUGUGUGGUGGAUGUUGAUGCAAACAAGGUCAUCCUCAAUCCUGUAAACACAAAUCUUUCCAAAGGAGAGGCUCGGGCCCAGCCAAAGGUGUUUGCUUAUGAUCAUUGUUUCUGGUCCAUGGAUGAAUCUGUGAGAGAAAAGUAUGCAGGUCAAGAUGAUGUUUUCAAGUGCCUGGGGGAGAACAUCCUUCAGAAUGCUUUCGAUGGCUACAAUGCCUGCAUCUUUGCCUAUGGACAGACAGGGUCUGGGAAGUCUUAUACGAUGAUGGGCACAGCUGACCAACCUGGAUUAAUCCCACGACUUUGCAGUAGCCUCUUUGAACGAACCCAGAAAGAGGAGAAUGAAGAGCAGAGUUUUAAAGUAGAAGUGUCCUACAUGGAAAUUUAUAAUGAGAAAGUUAGAGAUCUCCUGGAUCCCAAAGGAAGCCGCCAAACGUUGAAAGUCAGAGAGCAUAGUGUAUUGGGACCCUAUGUGGAUGGACUUUCUAAACUGGCUGUCACAGGCUACAAGGAUAUCGAGUCUUUGAUGUCUGAGGGUAACAAAUCUCGCACAGUUGCUGCAACCAACAUGAAUGAGGAGAGCAGCCGGUCCCAUGCAGUCUUCAAAAUCACCCUCACACAUACUCUGUACGAUGUGAAGUCUGGGACAUCUGGGGAGAAAGUGGGCAAACUGAGCUUGGUGGACUUAGCCGGUAGUGAACGAGCAACAAAAACUGGAGCUGCAGGUGACAGGCUGAAGGAAGGGAGCAACAUUAACAAGUCCCUCACAACCCUCGGUCUGGUUAUCUCCGCCCUGGCAGACCAGAGUGCUGGCAAAAACAAGAAUAAAUUUGUUCCUUAUCGUGAUUCCGUUCUCACAUGGCUGCUCAAAGACAGCCUGGGGGGUAACAGCAAGACCGCAAUGGUGGCAACUGUGAGUCCGGCAGCCGAUAACUAUGAUGAAACCCUUUCCACACUGCGGUAUGCAGAUCGCGCCAAGCACAUUGUGAACCACGCUGUGGUGAACGAGGAUCCGAACGCACGGAUUAUCCGAGACCUCCGGGAGGAAGUUGAGAAACUGCGAGAGCAGCUCACGAAAGCAGAGGCAAUGAAAUCUCCAGAAUUGAAAGACCGGCUGGAAGAAUCCGAGAAGCUAAUCCAGGAAAUGACUGUGACCUGGGAGGAAAAGUUAAGGAAAACCGAGGAGAUCGCACAGGAGCGACAGAAACAGCUUGAGAGUCUUGGAAUAUCUCUGCAGUCUUCAGGAAUCAAAGUUGGGGAUGAUAAAUGUUUCCUAGUUAACCUGAAUGCAGACCCUGCUCUGAAUGAACUUCUGGUCUACUAUCUAAAGGAACACACAUUGAUAGGGUCAGCAAAUUCCCAAGAUAUCCAACUGUGUGGAAUGGGAAUUCUUCCCGAACAUUGUAUUAUAGACAUUACACCAGAAGGCCAGGUUAUGCUGACUCCUCAAAAGAAUACCAGAACAUGUGUCAACGGCUCUUCUGUCUCCAGUCCGAUACAGCUGCACCACGGGGACAGGAUAUUAUGGGGAAACAACCAUUUCUUCAGACUUAAUUUGCCUAAAAAGAAAAAGAAAGCAGAGCGAGAGGAUGAGGAUCAGGACGCCUCCCUGAAGAAUGACAACAGUUCCGAGCAGCUGGAUGUGGAUGGAGACUCCUCCAGUGAGGUCUCCAGUGAGAUUAACUUCAAUUUUGAAUAUGCACAGAUGGAGGUCACCAUGAAGGCCUUGGGCAGUAAUGAUCCAAUGCAGUCCAUAUUAAACAGCCUGGAGCAGCAGCACGAAGAAGAAAAGCGUUCUGCCCUCGAGCGCCAGAGGCUGAUGUACGAACAGGAACUGGAGCAGCUCCGGAGAAGGCUGUCCCCUGAGAAGCAGAACUGCCGAAGCAUGGACAGGCUCUCUCUGCACUCGCCCAGCGCUCAGCAGCGCCUAAAGCAGUGGUCUGAGGAGAGAGAAGCAACCCUGAAUAAUAGCCUGAUGAGGCUGAGGGAGCAAAUUGUUAAAGCCAAUUUAUUGGUGAGAGAAGCCAGUUACAUUGCAGAGGAACUGGAUAAAAGAACAGAAUAUAAAGUUACCCUACAGAUUCCAGCCUCCAGCCUGGAUGCCAACAGGAAGCCAGGCUCUCUGCUCAGUGAGCCUGCCAUCCAGGUGAGAAGAAAAGGAAAAGGAAAGCAGAUCUGGUCUUUGGAAAAACUGGACAACCGGUUGUUGGAUAUGCGAGACCUUUACCAGGAGUGGAAGGAAUGUGAAGAAGAUACUCCUGUAAUACGCUCUUACUUCAAGCGUGCUGAUCCAUUCUAUGAUGAGCAGGAAAAUCACAGCCUCAUCGGGGUGGCCAAUGUUUUCCUAGAGUCCCUUUUUUAUGAUGUGAAGUUACAAUAUGCUGUGCCAAUUGUCAACCAGAAAGGAGAGGUGGCAGGUCGGCUGCACGUAGAGGUGAUGCGAAUCAGUGGUGAAAUUGGGGAAAGAAUUGCAGGUGGUGAUGAGGCCACAGAUGUAUCCUUUGAGAAGGAGGCCCAGGAGAACAAGCUGGUGUGCAUGGUUAAGAUACUCCAAGCCACUGGGCUGCCGCAGCACCUGUCCCACUUUGUAUUCUGCAAAUACAGCUUCUGGGAUCAGCAGGAGCCAGUCAUGGUCGCACCUGAAGUGGACACCUCCUCCUCUGCUGCCAGCAAGGAACCUCACUGCAUGGUUGUUUUUGAUCAUUGCAAUGAAUUUUCUGUUAACAUCACUGAAGACUUCAUUGAGCACCUUUCGGAAGGGGCAUUGGCAAUUGAAGUAUAUGGACAUAAAAUGAAUGAUCCUCGGAGAAAUCCAGCCCUGUGGGACUUGGGAAUCAUCCAAGCAAAAACACGUAGUCUUCGCGACAGAUGGAGUGAAGUCACCAGAAAAUUGGAAUUCUGGGUCCAAAUCUUAGAACAGAAUGAGAAUGGUGAAUACUGCCCUGUAGAAGUGAUUUCUGCAAGGGACGUCCCAACAGGAGGAAUCUUCCAGCUCCGGCAGGGCCAGUCGCGGCGAGUACAAGUUGAAGUGAAGUCUGUGCAGGAGUCUGGGACUUUACCACUGAUGGAAGAAUGUAUACUGUCUGUUGGCAUUGGCUGUGUGAAAGUUAGGCCGCCCAGAGCCCCUAAAGCUCACGAGACCAUCCACGAGGAAGAGGAAGACAUGGACAGCUACCAGGAUCGCGAUUUAGAGAGACUACGUAGAAAAUGGCUAAAUGCAUUAACGAAACGUCAGGAGUACUUGGAUCAGCAGCUCCAAAAGCUUGUCAGUAAACAUGAUAAAACAGAGGAUGACGCUGACCGCGAGGCACAACUCCUGGAGAUGCGGCUGACCCUGACCGAGGAAAGGAACGCGGUGAUGGUGCCCUCUGCUGGCAGUGGGAUCCCGGGGGCCCCGGCAGAAUGGACUCCAGUGCCAGGGAUGGAAACCCACAUUCCUGUUAUAUUCCUGGACUUAAACGCUGAUGAUUUCAGCUCUCAGGAUAAUCUUGAUGACCCAGAAGCUGGUGGAUGGGAUGCUACCUUGACCGGGGAAGAAGAGGAAGAGUUUUUUGAACUUCAGAUUGUAAAACAGUAUGAUGGGGAGGUGAGAGCAGAAGCCUCCUGGGACUCAGCAGUGCACAGCUGCCCCCAGCUCAGUAAGGGCACCCCUGGGGACGAGCGAGUGUUCCUGAUCGUGCGCGUGACCGUCCAGCUCAGCCAUCCUGCUGACAUGCAGCUGGUGCUACGCAAAAGGAUUUGUGUCAACGUGCAUGGCCGGCAGGGUUUUGCUCAGAGUCUCCUAAAAAAGAUGUCUCAUCGAAGUUCUAUUCCUGGCUGUGGAGUGACUUUUGAAAUCGUCUCCAAUAUUCCAGAGGAUGCGCAGGGAGUGGAGGAGCGAGAAGCGCUGGCCAGGAUGGCAGCUAAUGUUGAAAACCCUGCCUCUGCGGACUCGGAGGCAUAUAUUGAAAAAUAUCUCAGAAGCGUGCUGGCUGUGGAGAACCUCCUGACUUUAGAUCGUCUUCGCCAGGAAGUUGCAGUCAAGGAGCAGUUAACAGGAAAAGGGAAGCUGAAUAGGAGGAGUAUUAGUUCUCCAAAUGUGAACAGACUCUCUGGAAGUCGACAAGAUCUUAUUCCAUCAUACAGUCUAGGCAGCAACAAGUUUUCAGAGAUCCAGGGAGAGGGCCGGUGGGAAAGUCAACAGGAUGUAUCCCAAACAGCAGUUUCCAGAGGAAUGGCUCCAGUCCCCCCAGCCCUCUCUGUGUGUCCCCCAAAUAACCAUUCCCCAGAACCAGGACUUGGUAGCUUUGCAGCCUCCUACUUGAAUCCGGUAAAAUCCUUUGUGCCACAGAUGCCAAAGCUGCUGAAGUCUCUCUUUCCUGUCCGCGAUGAAAAGAGGGGCAAACAGCUCCCACCCCUGACACAUCAGCCCGUGCCCCGAAUCAUGGUGCAGUCUGCUCUCCCAGAUGUCCGGGCAGCCAGGACGGAGGAGGCGCAACGAGAAAGCCUGGGACCUGGCGUGUCUGCCGAGGUGACGGUGCCCAAGGUGGCCCCCGCGGUCAGGAUCUGUGACAUACCUGCUAAGGGUGCCUCAUCGCCACCCGCUGCCGCCGCUAUCACCACCCAGGCCCCAGAAGGGCAGGAUGGGCCUCCCAGCCCCGUGAGCGAGGCCUCCAGCGGGUACUUCUCCCACAGCGUCUCCACCGCUACGCUGUCGGAUGCACUUGGCCCGGGCCUUGACGCUGGGAGCCCAGCCGGUGGUCACACACCAGGCUCCCCGCCCAUGCCCCUCUGUGCCGCCACCCCAGAGCCCGAACUCACACCACUCCCGGAUGCUCCCUGUGACCCCCAGUGGCGGCCAAGCGCCGCGGGGUCCAGUGCACGACCCUGCACGGUAGCUGCCCCCGACCCUCCGGCCAGCCAGCAGCCAGCAAGACGCGAGGCACAGGCUGAGGCCGCCCCCAGCUGUGAGCUCCAGGCUGCCAGACCUCAGCUGCCUCCCGACCUCGUGCCCCAGGCGCCCUCCUCCCCAUUCCGAAUCCACAAGGUGCGGACCUCAGAGCUGAAGUCCUUCACGCGCAUGCUUGGAGGCGACUCCGGGGGCUCCUCCAGUGCCGAAGAGGACCUGCUGGCUGCGGGAGCAGCGGGGGCAGUGGCACAGGCCCUCACCAAGCCAGACAUGGCCUCCGAUUCCGAGGACGCCAGUGAAGUCCCUGAGUGGCUCAGGGAGGGAGAGUAUGUCACUGUGGGCACCAACAAAAUGGGCAUCGUGCGGUACGUUGGGCCAACCGACUUCCAGGAGGGCACGUGGAUUGGUGUGGAGCUGGACCUGCCAUCAGGAAAGAAUGACGGCUCCAUUGGAGGGAAGCAGUACUUCAAGUGCAACCCUGGCUACGGUCUGCUGGUGAGGCCCAGCCGGGUCCGCAGGGUCCCGAGCACUGGGCGGCGGCGCAGUGCGGGGCUCCGGCCGCAGGGUGCCCCCGAGGCCCGCCGAAGCGCCACCCUCUCAGGCUCUGCCACCAACCUGGCCUCUCUGACGGCAGCCUUGGCCAAGGCCGACAGGAGCCACAGGAACCCCGAGAACCGGAAAUCCUGGGCUAGCUGAGCUGUGGCCUCCCUGUGAACAGGAGCUGGGGAGCCGGCCCCUGGAGCCCUUCUGGUGAUGGCCCGCUGGGGAGGUGGGGGCUGGCUGGGCCGCAGGGUGGGGAGGCUUUUUGCACAUGCAGGGCUGGUGGCCUCCCCAGCCUCUCUGGAACUCUCCAGUGUCUUUUCCUCCUGCACUUGGAAGAUGAGGCACUGCAGCUUGCGCCCCUUCAGGUAUAUGUGGAAGGUUCUGGGAGCCCCAGGGGAUUGUGGGCCUGUGGGCUGAGGUCCUAGGGGCACACAGGCCCUGCUGGGCCAUCUCCCUGCCUGCCUGUACCUGGGGCUUCCCCACUAGGGCUUUUGUGCCCUUUGCUUUUUUGGAGUCUGGUGACCCCAUUCAUGUCUUAAUUUAAGCAAUAAUCCGAACUAGUGCCUUUCCUGUCCUGGAGGGCUUCCUCCCUCUGCCUGGAGGGCUGGCGCCAACACCUCCACCCAGCAGUGGAGAAGCCUGGAACCGUUCGGCUCAGGCCAGCCCUUUGUUGUGUGGCGAGGUUUCAGCGCCUCGGCUCCCCGAGCCUGACGGCCCCGGCCCUGCUUCCUCCUGCCCUUGUCCUGUAAGCCCCCCAGGCCCCCCAGCCGGAAGUGCCUCUGCUUGGCCCCCAAGGCUCCUUCCAAGGGCCCAGUGUGCUCCAGGCAGGGCUGUGGCCAGAGCUCACCCUCUUGUCCCGCUUGUCAGUAGGACGUCUUGGGUUUCUUUGUGGGUUUCAGUGUCCCUACACCUGGAAAGUCUUUUCUGUUUGCCGUUUAGUCCCUUAACAGAAUGCCUGGAACAUAUUUAUUUCUAUUUAUUUUCACCCGACCCGAACUCCUUCGCGAGCCACAAUCGGCAGGUGUGGCCGCCCCGGGGCCUGCCUCCGCCUCGCUGGCUGGUCUGAGCCUCUGGGAGCUGCCAGCCUCCUGCCUUGGCAGGGGCCCCUGCAGGCGGCCUGGGGCUGCGGCCCCUUCCCAGUGCCCCUGCACGGCGGCUUCACCGGGCCCUUCUCCGAUGAAGAGGACGACAGAGACUUCUUGCAGAAUUACGUUCGUGCUUCUGUGGGCACUGACUGGACUGGGGGAGUCCGGGGUGUUGGCUGCCGUAUUGGCUGCACUUUGGUUUCUGAGGGGGUCCUUAGGCCGGUUGGCCGGUCCUGUGCCAUGCGGGUCAGUGGCCCUUGCUGGGACACUGUCAUUCCUGGAGCCCUGGGGCCAGGUUUGGGGGCCAGGGCGGUGUUGGCAAGAGGGUGGACUGGUCAAGUGCCGUGGCCUCACAGCUCGGGUCACGGUGUGCCUUGGGCUCCACGGGCGGGCAGCCUGUCGUUAGCGCUCGCCCCAGACUCGAACACCGGGAGCGUUUGUGGAGGACUCUGGGGGGCUCAGAAUGCCACAGCUGCCGCAGCUCUGGAGGCAGGGAUGCCCUGCCUGGUUUCAGUCAUGAACCCAGUGCUCCAAGAUGGCCAGCUCCAGGGGGAGGCCGGCCUGCGGUGGCCAAAGGACAGAGUGGUCUCUGGCAGGGGCUCCAGGCCGUCCUGCCCUGGGCCUACAUGGUACCCCUGGCCCGGGGGCAGGCGUCUGGGGCCGUGGGAGCACCUGCCAGGGAGACCCUGCCUGCUUCUGGGGGGCCGCCUGGAGGCAGGAGCGUCAGCUGGCCCUGGGGGAGACACCUGCUGGGCUUCUGGCGCUGAAUGAAGCGCGUCAUUUCCGCUCUGCUUUUUCUACUAAAGCUGCUGCUCGGCGGGGACGUGCUCCACAGGUGCUUCGGGUGGGAUUUUGUCCACGUCCGCCAGCGUCCGCGUGUGCGCUGGCCAGGGUCCCCUGCCAUCCCUUUCUCAGGAGGUGAGCGGUGCCGGCCGCCCAGAGCCUGAGGGCCCCGGCCCUGCUUCCUCCCGCCCGUGUGCUGACACCGGGGCGCCUCUGCUCCCACCCAGGGCCGGUGCCUGCUGUGUGCGAGGCUCGCUGCCCCACAGAGAGGCCCCUCUGCUGCCAGGCGCAGUGCCCUGCCUGGCCAGGGCGCUCCUGGACGUGGAGCCUCGGCCUCGUUCGUGGCUGUUAGGAGGAGAAGCCCGUGGCCUGCCCUGGAUUGCGCAAGGCCAACCUGGCCACCCUGGUCUCCCUGGGAGAUCUGACCGUACAGCAUCCCUGAGAUCUGUCAGCCCUGUCCCGGGAAGGCCCUGAGCGCCUCUGUGACAGGAACCUGGCCGAGGUGGGCGGGUUCAGUGCCCCUGCCCCGCUGCCCUGCACGGCCCCUUCAGGCUGGAGAGAGGGAGCUGCUCACAGCGUCACUGCUGCCGUCCGCUCCGCCUUUGAUUCCUUGCUCUUGCUUUUUGGUGCAGACUGACAACGACAAAGCAAUGACACGGUCACCCUUGCCCACAGUCCCCCAGCCCCAGGGCCCAGCGGUUCCUGGGGAGGUGUGGCUUCCAGAGUAGUGUGUGAGGGAUGGCAGGAGGUGAGGCGGGCGGCUCUGGGCCCUCAGUCUGCCCGUCACCUCUCCGGGCAGACCGAUGGAAAGCAGCAGCUUUGGGGUUCUGGGCGCCGUUCCAAGCAGGUCCCAGGCUCUGCUCAGGCACAGUACCAGGCGUGUGGUCAGUGUGUGCCUGCCAGUAGGGCCACCUAGGUCAGGACAGGUCACAGCCAGCCUGCCAGGCCUCUGCCUCCCACCGUGCACACCCUGGGCUGGCAGUGCCCCUCGUGGCCCCUCCCACAUGGCUGCAGGCCAUGCCCACCCUUGGCAGCUGUGCAGGCAGUGAAGUGCGGGCGGUGGGUGUGUCAGCAGCGUAGCGGAGAGCUGGAGGGCCUGGGGGAGGAGGGUGGGGCAUUUCUGGGCCACCAGUAGAGCCUAGUGAGAGAAUUGGGCCAAGAACGGGAGCACUCGAGGCAGAACGGCUUAGCAGGGUUUUAGAUCCCCACGUGAAUCCCCGCAUUUUCUCCCUGGGCUUCACAAGGACGAGAAGUUCCUGGGUAUGUGUGUUCCUUGCUGAGACUCGCCCUGCUUGCCUGUGGCCGGCCUGUGUGCACUUGUGAGGAAGCGGCAGGGGCCCCCCAGCAGGCGAGGGCCCACGGUGGUGGUCAUGCCUCCCCUUGGCGCAGGACACUUGACGCAGAUGGACCCAAAAGCAUCUUUCUCAGAACAGUCCCUGGUGCCUUCCUGUUGGGCUGCAGACACUAAUGGUGUUGGGAGAGUCUUGGAUCAUCCUGUGUGUGUGUGGGUAUUUGUAAAUAUGACAGGUUCACAUGUUAACAAAUGACUGAUUUGGGGAUUAUGUUGAUUUGGUACACAAAUGGGAGUUAAAAAAUCCAAAGACUCUAUGAUGAAUUGUAAAGAAAGAUUUGUAUCAUAUAAUGAACUAAACCAGUGUAAUUUUGUACUAUAUUUGCCCUCCCAUCAAAUGACCAACAGCUUCUAAAUAAAUUCAGAUGAUUUCUUGCCUA